CUUCUCUCUGCCCCUGCCAGGAUGCGCCAACCUCGGAGGAGCUGGAGCAGUUUGCCAAGGACCUCAAGCACAAGCGCAUCAUGCUGGGCUUCACCCAGGCUGACGUGGGGCUGGCUUUGGGCACCCUUUACGGGUUUGAGAACAAGGAGCUGUUUUUAAAUGGCUGCAGCUGCUUCUGGAAGAGUGUUUCAGUGACCACCAUCUGCCGUUUCGAGGCCCUGCAGCUCAGCUUCAAGAACAUGUGCAAGCUGAAGCCGCUGCUGCAGCGUUGGCUCAACGAGGCAGAGAACACGGACAACAUGCAAGAGAUGUGCAAUGCGGAGCAAGUGUUGGCCCAAGCCCGGAAGAGGAAGCGCAGGACCAGCAUCGAGACCAACGUGAAGGGGACGCUGGAGAGCUUCUUCCGCAAGUGUGUGAAGCCCAGUCCCCAGGAGAUCUCCCAGAUUGCUGAGGACCUCAACCUGGAUAAAGAUGUGGUCCGGGUCUGGUUCUGCAACCGGCGUCAGAAAGGCAAACGGCUGCUGCUGCCCUUCGGCAACGAGGCGGAG